GCCUGACCAGAGCCGCAGGUUCCCCCCCAGGAGGAGCCCUGGUCCCCGCAGGAGCAGCCGCUGGUCCCCCGGUCCCCCCAGGGACGGAGACACCGGCCCGGCCCAGGUGAGGGGGCUGCACACCUGCCUCCAGGUGCCGGAGUCGGACUUUCAGGGACAGAAUCACAAUCAGCUUUAUUGGCCAAGUUUGAACAUUGUCCGACAAGGGAUUUGACUCCUUUCAGGGACAGAGUCGGACUUUCAGGGGGAGUCAUGCGGGAACCGGGAGUCUGAUCCCCCUCCCUGCAGUCCGAGGACUAACUGGACCUGACUUCUUCAGAUUUCUCCUCCGAUCUCAUCCACGAUGUUCCAGCACGGAACCAAGAAGUGCUUCACCAUCGAGUCCCUGGUGGGGAAGGAUGCCGAGCCCAUCCGGCCCACGGCGCUGCGCUUCCCGGACUCCCUGCACCCGGGCUCGGGCUCGGGCCCCAGGGCGGGGGUGUUCGGCUCAGGCUGCUUCCAGGGCGGGAGGACGUUGUUCUCGUCCGGGCCGGAGCUGGUGCUGCAGGAGCCCGGGCUGCAGCCGCUGCAGAUGCCGCCCCUGCAGGGCUUCUUCAGCCCGCAGCACCGGGACCCGCUCAGCUUCCACCCGUGGGUGCUGCGGAGCCGCUUCCUGGGCCCCGGCUUCACAGGUGAGGACAGCAGCCCCGACAGCCUGCUGCUCCACGGCCCGUUCUCCAGGAAACCCAAACGGAUCCGGACGGCCUUCUCGCCCUCCCAGCUGCUGCGUCUGGAGCGGGCCUUCGAGAAGAACCACUACGUGGUGGGAGCUGAGAGGAAGCAGCUGGCCAGCGGCCUGUGCCUGACCGAGACGCAGGUGAAGGUGUGGUUCCAGAACCGCAGGACGAAGCACAAGCGUCAGAAGUUGGAGGAAGAGUCUCCUGAAGCUCAGCAGAAGAGGAAGGGCAGCCAACACGUGAGCCGCUGGAGGGCGGCGACGCAGCAGCCCGGCGGCGAGGACGUGGACGUCAUCAGCGACGAUUAGACCCGGUGCAUGCUGGGCUGUCUGACACACACACGCACACACACACACACACACACACACACACACACACACACACACACACACACACACACACACACACACACACACACACACACACACACACACACACACACACACACACACACACAGACCCUUGCCAUCAGUUCUGUAAGAAGCAGCUUCAGAACUAAACACCGAAAUCCUCGUAUUGGCUUCAUCCAGCAGCUUCACCUGCAUCUGCAUCUGCACCUAAAACUUAAUCUGCAUCUGCACCUGCACCAUCAUCUGCAUCUGCAUCUGCAAUUUAAUCUGCA